AUGUCGAACUUUGAGCCAUUGCCCGCGCAGCCAGACUGGCGAGAACAGUACUCAGGGUUCUCGCUUCCGGGUGACAAUGAGUUGCUUCAACCACCAUUCGAGCGGGCUACAAGCUCGAGUAUAGCGGACAAUGCCCGGAACCAACACCAAAGCGGUUCAAGGCCACAGUUGGAGCACCGACACAGCCUGGGUCCGCUGAGCCAGGAGAGUCAGCCUGCUGCGAUCAUAGAAAGACCUGACUCUGCCCCUGGGGAUUUUAGCCAUCAAGUGAACGACGCAACUCGCGACGACUCUCUCGUUUCAACAGAAUCGACAUCAAUAUCACUUGGAUCACUUGGGUCGAACCCACUGAGCUCGGCAUCAAGUGCGCCAGCACAACAAGGAACACUUGCGAACAAUGAGGGAGGAGGUAGUGAAGGGGAAGUGAAGGAUGAGGAGGAUGAGCUUGACGACGAUGAUGAAAUGCUGGACGCAGAACCAGAAGAAGGCGCGACCCCACAGACAGCCGCUGAGCGUCGAGCAGAGCGCAGAAAAAUGAAACGUUUCCGCUUAACUCACCAACAAACCCGUUUCCUGAUGAGUGAGUUCGCGAAGCAAGCUCAUCCAGAUGCAGCCCACCGAGAACGACUUUCUCGAGAAAUCCCAGGUUUGAGCCCUCGACAAGUGCAAGUAUGGUUUCAAAAUCGCCGAGCGAAGAUAAAGCGAUUGACAGCCGAUGAUCGAGAGCGUAUGAUGAAGAUGAGGGCAGUACCCGAUGAUUUCGACAAUGUGCAAGCUUUGCAUUCUCCUUACGGAGCUGUGCAUGGCAUUGGGACGCCGAUGCAAUCACCAGCCGAUUUUGGCUCGAACUUCACAGACCAUAUAAUGCGGCCCUUGAUGGUAGACACGAUGAGGCGCAAUGACAACGACGACCACAUGUCACCCACGGGGCUUAGCCCAGCCUUUGGCCAUGUGGGAUUCGCUCAAGGAGGUUCCAUGGGAACACCUGAUGCACUGUCUCCAUCGUCAUUGAACUCGGCGGACCGGUACUAUCCAAGUCACCUCGCGAGCCCGUUGAGUGCGGGUCCUCGGAGCUCCAACCCCUUCGAUCGCCAGAAUAGCUACCAAACAGUGUCCCAGUCGAGACAGCAUGUCAGGCCUUUGCAGCCACUGCAGCUUCGAGAUACUUUGUCGAGGUCAAGAUCAGACUCGAUUCAGUCUCCAUUAAGGUCGAGCAUGUCCUGGAAAGGAGAAACAUUGGAUUAUGGAAACUACCAAACAGGGCAGCCGAGCCCACAAUUGACCGGUCGACAGCAAUCCGUGUAUCAGCCGGACCAAAUGAGUACUAGCAACGUUAAUGCGCAUCAAUAUGAUGCCAAUGCGUAUUCAAAUGCGAAUAUGCAAAACUCACCAACUCACAUGACGUACUCUCCGUCGCAUGGCCCUGGUGCGUCUGCGUCGACUCUUCAACAGCAGUCGCCGUCCGCGAUGUCUCGACUUCGAGCCACGUCUGGAACUUUCCCAGCAGGAUUAGAUCUUCGGACUCAGUACCGACCAAUGCCCUCGCAGGGCAAUUCUCCCCGUGGGCUGCCAGCGACACCGAGAAGCAGCUCAUUUGCAAAUGCUUUCACCGGUGGCUACGCGAGCGCGCCUCUCACGGCACCAGUGGACUUUCAACUCCCGCGGACGCCAAUCGAUGCUAGCAACCGGGAUUUCAACAUACCACAAUUGAGCGCGCCAAUGGCGCCACCACAAGAUUUUUCUAACGCUUAUAAUUCGAAUCUCAGUCCAGUUAGGGGACAGCAAGGUGAUAGAGACUUCGGUAAUCAGGGACAGAAUAAUGAGGAUCCUGGAGGCCAGGGCCCGGGUCAGGUUGGGGAUCAACAGCAAACUAGAAAUAAUGAGGAGUCUUACCUAAGACCGGGUCAGUACGAGACGGACCAAAAGCGGAGGAGUAGUUUCACCAUGCCGGGUGCAUUUGAAAGCCCAUGA